GGCCCCGCGGGGUCUAUGGGGAAGGCGGCCGCGCUCUGCGCCGGCGGCACCCGCGGGCUGGUCUCGCUCCUCAGCGCCGUGCCCUGCCUGGCCUGCCACGAGCUGCCGGCCAUGAGCAGCGAGCCGGGCGGCCGCGGCGGCGGCGGCGGAGGAGGAGGAGGAGGAGGGGGGGGUCCGGCGGGGGGUCCGCCCGCCGCCCCCCCGGGCUCCGACACCUACAAGGGGUGGCUCUUCAAGUGGACCAACUACCUGAAGGGCUACCAGCGCCGCUGGUUCGUGCUCAGCAACGGGCUGCUCAGCUACUACAGGUCUUCUGCAACUGUCAGGAGUGGUGGCUCUUCUUGGAGGCGUGUGAAAAAUACACCGGUCCGAGUUCGGAAGAUGGGGACGCAGGCAGAGAUGGCCCACACGUGUCGGGGGACCAUCAACCUGUCCACGGCCCACAUCGACACGGAGGACUCGUGUAACAUCGUGCUGUCCAACGGGGGCAGGACCUACCACCUGAAGGCCAACUCGGAGGUGGAGCGGCAGCGCUGGGUCACGGCCCUGGAGCUGGCCAAGGCCAAGGCCAUCCGCAUGCGGAACAACCAGUCAGAUGACUCGGGUGACGAGGAGCCCGCCUCGCAGUCAGACAAGAGCGAGCUGCACGGCCCCCUGAAGACCCUGUCGAGUAAACUGGAGGACCUGAGCACCUGCAAUGACCUGAUCGCCAAGCACGGCGCGGCCCUGCAGCGCUCGCUCAGCGAGCUGGAGAACCUGCGCCUGCCGGCCGAGAGCGGGGAGAAGAUCAAGGCAGUGAACGAGCGCGCCACGCUCUUCCGCAUCACCUCCAAUGCUAUGAUCAACGCCUGCCGCGAUUUCCUGGACUUAGCCGAGAGCCACAGCCGGAAAUGGCAGCGGCUGCUGCAGCAUGAGCGGGAGCAGCGGAUCCGGCUGGAGGAGACCAUCGAGCAGUUAGCCAAGCAGCACAACAGCUUGGAGCGCGCCUGCCGCGGCGCCCCCGGCCUGGCCGCGCCCACCACCAGCAUCUCCAGCACCGCCAAGGGGAGUGUGCAGCCUGCAAAGGGAGAGGCCAGUGAUGAAGAUGAGGAGACGGAGUAUUUCGAUGCCAUGGAGGAUGCACCAGCUUUUAUCACUGUAACUGCCGACCCCAAACACCACAGGCGUUCGGGCAGUAACCUGAGCGGGGCCAGCGAGGGCCACCCCGAGGACUGGAACCUGGAGGACAGUGUCUUUGAGAGCUCAAAUCAAAGCAGCUACAAUGAGUCCAUGUGCAAGGAUCUCCUGCCGAAGAAAAGGAGACGGACUCGCAUUCCCGACAAACCCAACUACAGCCUUAACCUCUGGAGCAUCAUGAAGAACUGCAUUGGCAAAGAGCUCUCUAAGAUCCCCAUGCCUGUGAACUUCAACGAGCCGCUGUCGAUGCUGCAGCGGCUCACGGAGGACCUGGAGUACCACGAGCUGCUGGACAAGGCGGUCAAGUGCGAGAGCUCCACGGAGCAGAUGUGCUUCGUCGCCGCCUUCUCCGUGUCCUCCUACUCCACCACUGUCCACCGCACAGCCAAGCCCUUCAACCCCCUGCUGGGGGAGACCUACGAGCUCGACCGGCUGGAGGAGCUCGGCUUCCGCUCCCUCUGCGAGCAGGUGAGCCACCACCCCCCAGCAGCCGCCCACCACGUGUACUCCCGGCGAGGGUGGACGUUGUGGCAGGAGAUCACCAUCGCCAGCAAGUUCAGGGGCAAAUACCUCUCCAUCAUGCCACUGGGUGCCAUCCACCUCGAGUUCCACUCCAGUGGGAAUCACUAUGUGUGGAGGAAGGUCACCUCCACCGUGCACAACAUCAUCGUGGGCAAGCUCUGGAUCGACCAGUCUGGUGAAAUAGAGAUUGUUAACCAUAAGUCCAAAGAUAAAUGCCAGCUGAAAUUUACCCCCUACAGCUACUUCUCCAGGGAUGUGCCCCGAAAGGUGACAGGGGUGGUGAGUGACGCUGAUGGCAAAGCCCACUAUGUCAUGUCUGGCACGUGGGAUGAGAAGAUGGAGUGCUCCAAGAUCCUGCACAGCAGCCACGGCAGCAGCAGCACGGAGGGCAAGCAGAAAACCGUGUACCAGACCCUGUCCCCAAAGGUCCUGUGGAGGAAGUACCCGCUCCCGGAGAACGCAGAGAACAUGUACUUCUUCUCGGAGCUGGCGCUGACGCUGAACGAGCCCGAGGAGCGCGUGGCUCCCACGGACAGUCGGCUGCGCCCCGACCAGCGGCUCAUGGAGAGCGGCCGCUGGGACGAGGCCAACGUGGAGAAGCAGCGGCUGGAGGAGAAGCAGCGGGCCGUGCGCCGCAGGAGGGAGGCCGAGGCUGUGGAGGCCCUGGAGGAAGGGAAGGACUACGAGGGGUACAUCCCACUGUGGUUCGAGCGCAAGGUGGACGCCGUGACCGGGGAGCUCAUCUGCGUCUACAAGGGCGGCUACUGGGAGGCCAAGGAAAAGCAGGACUGGAGCGUGUGCCCCGACAUCUUCUGAGCCCCUGCCCACGCUGGGGCCACCCCGCAGGACACCGGGACAGCCUGGGCACAGCCCAGGGACAGCCCAGGGACAGCCCGGACACGCUGGCACUGCCCCGCCGGCACCUCCCAGGGCAACCCCCGAGCCAACACAUGCAGAGGUCGAAACAGGGAUUCCAAACCUAUUUUUUUAUGCACUAAUAAAUAGCAUCCUUUUUUUUUUUUUUUAAAUGAUGGCUUUUUCAGCAACUAAUUGGGAAUGAAGGACACAUGGAGCCAGGUUGGGUUGGGAUAUUCAUUGCCCGUAUCCCUCAGUGCCUCGGCUCCAUCGGCCGAGACGUCGACUUCCAAAGAUGCCCGGGGUGUGGGAAUGCCGUGCGCUUGUGUGAGCUCUUCUCUUUGCCAUGUUUUUUUUCCCCUUCCAUUAUUUCUGUGUGGACUUGAUGGAAUUAUUUUUUUAAAAAAAAGAAUCUGCUCCUGGUUCAGGUUCCUUCAAAGACGGACACGAACAACCCUGAAUCCUGCUCGGAAAACUGUCCCCAGGGGCCCUGGCGCUUGAUCCCGGAGGCUCUUGGUGGUUCCUGCAGUGCCCAGUCAUCCCAGUAACACCAAUUAGGAUAUUUCAGCUGGUGACUUUGGUUUUUUGACCUGUUUUUUUGGUUUUUUUCAAGAGCCUUUGAGCCGCUUCCCCACUGUCUGAUGUGUUCAGUCAAGGCUUGGGACUGUCUUUGACGUGAUGCUCUGUGGGAGUGGUUUGAGUGAGGUUUGGUUUGGUUUUCCUGCAGCCACAUCGGAGGGGGAAUGGCCUUGCUGAGGUCUGGAACACCAGGCAGACCCAGUGCAGAGGUUUGUAAACCAGUGAUUCUCCAGGCUCCGUGUCCCUGCCCCGUAUCCUGGCAUCCGGGGCCUGGCAGGAGCCUGGACUUCGGUGCCAGGUUUUCCAGCUGCAUCUCCCUGUUGAGCUGGGUGGGAGAGGAGGAAAGAGAUGCUGUGGUGCCGCUGGGAUGGAGCCUUGGGCCUGGAUCUCCUACCCCUGUGUCUUCCCCAUCCAGCCAGACAGGUCUGGCCACAGUCCCCUGGCGUGGGAUGAAUCCAGAGGGUCCCAGCGCCCGGCUCCUGGAUCCCUUCCCUCUGCUCCCUCAUGGCUGGGCUUUCCUUGGAGCAGCUUCAGGUCACUGGGGCUGAGGGAACCCCUCGUCCCCCCUCACCCUUCCUGUGUGCCACGGCCUUCCCGUGGCCCUGGACCCGCCGGGAGAAGCGGAGUGAGCGCUGCCGGUGAUCGGCCCCGGAGCACAAAGGGGAGUAGGGCUGUCAGCCCUAAAAGGUGGGAUCCCCUGGGCCAGAGAAUAUCAGGGAGAGCUGGACACCUGCACUUGCCCCGUUGGAUGUCAUCUUUGGUGUCCUCUUCUUCAGCUCCUCACCAUAUCACACCGGCGCUGCCUCCCGGCACAUCCCCAUCAGAGGAUAAUUAGCAAUAACGAACUUCGAGGCAACGGUAACUGGAAUAUCCAGGCUGCACAUGGGACACUUAUGCAAUCAGGUUCCUCAUCCAUCAGUCUCCUGGUCAGCUUCCAGCACCUCCAUCCCUGUUCUCCCCCACAGCCCCCACAUGUACAGUCCCUCCAGCCCCUGUACAGCGUCACCGUGGGGAGGAACAGCCCCCACUGCUCUCAAGGGACCCUUUCAUCUUAUUUAUUUGCUUCUAAUUUAUACAUAUAUAUAAAUAUAUAUAAAAUUAUUUUGCUUAAAUUUCUAUGGUACACAAUAGAUGAAAAAUGAUGAAGACAGAAGUGUCUGUCUGAGUUUUUGCAGCACGAGUACGAUCCCCCUCGGCUCAUCCCCGAGGUCGGGGGAUGGUGAUGGAGUGAUUCCCAAAGCAGGGAAGUUGUGCUUUGCUCCAAAGCUGGAUGCAGUACCGCUGAAAAGGUUUUCCAGAGACAUUCCCCUCUGGAAACUAUGUAUUUGGGGUUUGAGGGGUGGCACUCGGGAUCCCUGGAAGUGGGAUGCUCCAAACUGCUUCCAGGUCCUGGGUGUCACAGCAGCUGCUCCGGCGUGUUCACUCCUUCCAGACCCUUCCUGGAGCUUUGCCCUGGCUCGGGAAACCCGAUGCAGGUCUUAAAUGAUCCAGACUUCAUUAGAUGUGGGAUUCAGCCCGUGGAGAGCUGCCGGUGUCCCGGCCCCAGGUGUCCUUCCUGGGAGAGCAGAGGAUGCUCCACACUGAUCCUGAUGCCGCUGGGUUGGUUUGUGGCAGCACCAGAGUGUCCCGGGGGAUUUAUCCCACUCGAGGCCUGAAUUGAGUUUGUAAAAUGGACUAAAAGUUGAGCUUUUCAGAAUGCCUUACUUUCCUUUUUGCUGUGUCAAUGCAAGUGUCACCUGGGAGCUUGGAGAGGGGAGAAACUCCAGCACAGGCUGUUCCCAAAGCUGGAUCUGGGUGUUCCCGCAGCAGAGGAGGGCGGGCAGCAGGAUGUUGCCCUGUAAGUGCUGGCUCCGAGGGUCCUGCUGGGCUCUGGGACCCUGAGAGGCCCUCUCUGAUGUGCCCCCAUGGCCACAUCCAUCUGGGAAUCCCCAUCACAACCCUGCGCAGCUCCAUGGAGCACAGGGGAGCACGAGGAGCACCCCAACCCAGGAAUCCCCUGGAUUUUAGGCUAAUUGAAAAAAUUGCUUCAUCUUCCAGAGUUCAUCUGUCAGCAGCACUUAACCAGAGCACCAUCUCCUGGUCCUUCUGUUCCUCCUGGAGGAUUUUAAUGUCAUUCCACUGUAAAUGCUGUUGAAUGUAUUUUCUUUUUGAACAAUAAUAUAUUGUGAGUGAUCCCUCUUCUCCUUCACGGAAAUAAAACUUGGAUUCGGGAGUUUUAAAA